GCGCCUCCCCCACCCCCACCCCCACGCGCCCCUUCCUCAUCCUUGGCUGGAGAUACACUAGCUAUGCUGGUGCACCGCUUCCCCUGACUCCCCAAGUUCAGGACUCUCUCCUUUCCCCUUUCCUCUCCCCUGGAGCGGAAGGGGCUCUCUAAGCCCCUUGGUGCCAUGCGCCCCCUCCUCAGCCAGGCCAUGCACGAUGACACACACCCCCUGCAGCAGCCUCCGGGGCCUCCCUGUCGCUCCCCUUAAAGCAAUCCACGGGGGCGGGGGAGGCGGCGACGGCAGCAGCACGAACACCAACACAGCCCUAAGCGAGAGAGGUCCGGAAAGAGAAAGGAAGAAAAUGGCUCCAAGCCGGGACCGCCUGCUGCAUUUCGGGCUCAAGUCUACCAUGUUCUCAAACAAUGAUGAAGCUGUGAUCAAUAAAAAGCUUCCCAAAGAACUACUGCUAAGAAUAUUCUCUUUUCUGGAUGUUGUUACAUUGUGUCGUUGUGCUCAAGUCUCCAGGGCUUGGAAUGUUCUAGCUCUAGAUGGCAGCAACUGGCAGCGGAUUGACCUAUUUGAUUUCCAGAGGGAUAUCGAGGGUCGAGUAGUAGAGAAUAUUUCUAAAAGAUGUGGUGGUUUCUUACGAAAGUUAAGUCUGCGUGGCUGUCUUGGAGUAGGAGACAAUGCAUUAAGGACCUUUGCACAAAACUGUAGGAAUAUUGAAGUACUGAAUUUAAAUGGAUGUACAAAGACCACAGAUGCCACGUGUACUAGCCUUAGCAAGUUCUGUUCCAAACUCAGGCAUCUUGAUUUGGCUUCCUGUACAUCAAUCACCAAUAUGUCUCUAAAAGCACUGAGCGAGGGAUGUCCACUGCUGGAACAACUGAAUAUUUCAUGGUGUGACCAGGUGACCAAGGAUGGUAUCCAGGCUCUAGUGAGAGGCUGUGGAGGGCUCAAAGCCUUAUUUCUUAAAGGCUGUACACAGCUUGAGGAUGAAGCUCUCAAAUACAUUGGCACACAUUGUCCGGAACUGGUGACUUUAAAUCUUCAGACUUGCUUACAAAUUACAGAUGAUGGUCUCAUUACAAUAUGUAGAGGCUGCCACAAAUUGCAGUCUCUCUGUGCCUCUGGAUGCUCCAAUAUCACAGAUGCAAUCCUGAAUGCUCUGGGUCAAAACUGUCCACGGCUUAGAAUAUUAGAAGUGGCAAGGUGUUCUCAGCUAACAGAUGUGGGCUUCACUACUCUGGCUAGGAACUGCCAUGAACUAGAAAAAAUGGACCUAGAAGAAUGUGUUCAGAUAACAGAUAGCACAUUGAUUCAACUCUCUAUACACUGUCCAAGACUUCAGGUGUUGAGUCUGUCUCAUUGUGAGCUAAUUACGGAUGAUGGAAUCCGUCACCUGGGGAAUGGAGCUUGUGCCCAUGACCAGCUGGAAGUGAUUGAACUAGACAACUGUCCACUUAUCACAGAUGCAUCCCUAGAGCACCUGAAGAGCUGCCAUAGUCUUGAGAGGAUAGAACUGUAUGACUGUCAGCAAAUCACACGGGCUGGAAUCAAGAGACUCAGGACCCAUUUACCCAAUAUAAAAGUUCAUGCCUACUUUGCACCUGUCACUCCGCCUCCAUCAGUAGGGGGCAGCAGACAACGCUUCUGCAGAUGCUGCAUCAUUCUAUGACAUUGGAGGCGGUCAGCCUUGGCGAACUAAGUAUUUAAUGACACUUCUAGAGUUACCACGGAGUCUCUCCAGCGGAAUCGAUCCCAGUGUUCUGAGCAAGGGCCAGAAUAGAGGGCUGUGUCCGGAUCCCCCAAGCCACACAUACACAUGCAUAUAUACCCACACCGUCCACUCCAGCUGACGUACUCUUGACAGUGGGACUUGAAUCUGUGUUGGCUUUUUUUUGACAGGUAGAUUGGUGUAACUUGAAACCAUUCCUACUGGGCAUGCUCAGAAGAGAAUCACAAUCCAAGGUGGGGGUGGGGGGGCAUUCCAGCAAACCCAGGGUCACUGCUGCUGGGGUUGUUUGUUUUUUUGUUUGGGGUUUCUUUUGGGGAUGUCAGAACACUAAUGAGAGCUCUCCAAAGAGAAGGAGAAUAUGGACAAAACCAGUAAAUUUUGCAUCCAGGGACCAGAAAGAAAGAAAAAUCCUUCCUCCCAUAAGAGAUUGAAGAUGGCAACCAUCCAUCGUGAGACUGUAUUACAAUGCUUCUCUGCUUCCUUGUCUCCAUACCAACAUGCUGAGCAUGCUUACAUAGAAGGCUCAUCAGUUAGAGCAUUCAGUUCAGAGAUUUCCUUGAUGGUCACAGUGAUUUAGCUUGAAAUCUCUGAUAAAUCAAAUUUGUUUCUUUUGUUCACUUAUUCAUUAUGUUACUUUCCCUAGCUGUCUUUCACUAUGUUUGUCUGUGUCUGUGUAUCAUUUUCUUUUUGUGUUGCUUGCUGAAGCACUCUCUUCAUACUUUCUGUUCCCUGCUCAUACCUUGUCUUUUUUGCUGUCUUCCUGUAGAAAGUUUUCCAUUUGGGGUGAUUUAGUUGAGGCUACUGGAUGCUUUUUUUUAAAGUUAUUUAUUAGAAAAAAUGUUUUAAAAUUCCACUUUUUUACCAUUAGAAGAAAAACUGUCUGAAGUUCAGUCUGAUGAGAAGCUCUAAAGAGCAAGUAAGGAAGGGAAAAUGAGCUAAAUAUAAGCUCUUACCCCUUUCUUAUGGAAGCAAUUCAUAUUUUUCUAUUUUGAGUUCUUCCUUAAGAGAACAUAGCUUGUGACAUAUGAUAGACAGGUGGCUAUGUUCAAUAACAUCAUGAUCCCUAUGUUUCCUUGAGCUAAUUCCCAUUAAUCACUUGAGUGUCUUACAUAAGGCAUGAGGGAGUGAUAUUUUAAAAGUAGAAUUGAUUGGGGAAAAUACUUAACCUGAGCUUGAAAACCCCGUCCCCUCUUUGGAUGUUAUGCUGUGAAUUGAGGUUCAUGUAUACUUAACAACAUUGUUAACUUUGAUGUUGGCUAAGUGUUUUGUCCCAAGAAUACUGGUAGAUAAAACACAUUGCUGUCUGUGCUGCCAGUUUUUCUUAUCUGUCCCUCCCUUUCUUCCUACAUCAACCUGAACCCCUGUGCUAGUGUGUGACUAGUGUAUUUAAGGUCACUAGUUUCAGGUCUAAUGUUAGUGGUUCAAAGGACCAGGAAAGCCUUCCCAAAGAUGUCACUUAGCCAGUCUUGUUGAUCCAAUCUCCAGAUAUUCAGCAUAUGCAAAACCAAGUGGAGUUGGAACCUUAAGGAUAUUGAGAGCAGCCCCAGAAGGCCUAAGAUAAUCAGCGCAGAUGGAUGUGGUCCUUGUCUCCACAUGUACUUCUGUUCUUGAGAACUGAGGGAGAAAGAUUUCUAGUGCUAGUAAUUAAGGGAAUUAAUGAUAGGGCAUGGCGCUCCACCUCCUAAUAACUGGUGGGAGCAAUACUGUACUCUUGUGCAGAAAAAUUGGGGGAGAUUAAGAAAAUGAGAUGAAGUUUUAAAGCACAAGUAACAGACUUCUUGGCUUUCAGAAUUGGAGCUUUUUGUUGUUGUUUUAUACAAGUUCAUUGAUAUGAUCAAGGUAGCCUUUUGUCACCUUCUGACUGAUCUAAGCAGCUCCAAGGAUAAUUUUUCAUGUUGCCGGUGAUGGCUUUCUCUUCUGAAACCACCAGCAUAUAUUGAUUGGAAUUAGCUGGAAUUGCUUCUUCAUUAAUUAGAAAGAUAUUAGCAGAUAACAAUGUGCUGGGAAGGGGCCUGUGAUACCACCUACCAUUUUUUGUGUUUAAUUUUGGUUACUGUAUUCAAAAUCUCAAAUUGUUCCCUUCCUAAUUUUGGAAAUACUUUUAAAAAACAACCCAAAACAACUUUUUAAAGGGACUGAUCCAGCCUUUUUGGUAGUUUUGAUACUUUGCUUGAUAACCUGUUCAUAUUAAAUUUUGAAAAGUAUAAUGGGAAAGAGCAUGCUAGAGACUAAUAGUGGCAUCAUAUUCAGGGCUUUUUUUCCCUCCAGAAAAAUGCACAUUCAGGUCUGGCAAAUUGACCAUAAAACUCUUUGCCAAGUGUAAUUGGGGGGGGUGGGGUGGGGUAGGGUAAAAAAGGAAGUAAGUGGCAGCAGUGGACUUUUAUAAAUUUUCCAAGGCCUAUAGUAAAUAGAUGUCAGUUUAAAAACCUCUUUCCCAAAAAUCAAAAUUAUUCCCUUUUAUGGAAACAGCUUCUCCUAUUUAGUUUGGUAUUAGAAACUUGAUUUUAAGUAUGGAGAGUGACCCAGAGACAAAUUAAGACUGAUUUGUCUGACCUGGUAAUCCAUGCUAUAGAAAAAAGAUCAGUCUAUUUAGGAAUCAUGGGGAAGAGAUCUUGAAUGAAAUUCUGGUCCAUUUAAGUCUAUGAAAUGGGUUACACUGGCCAAUUUAAUUUAAUGCUGUAAGCAUUAGGGUUCAGGCUAUAGGAUUUACUUAUUUCUGAUGACAACUGUGAUACCUUUAAGCUUGGAAAGACUUCUCAUUAGAAUGCUUUAGUAUUAAGAAAGAAUCUGCCUUGCUUUCAUUGAGACUAAGUUCUAAAGAUUUUACUUGGAAAAGACUUUUGUAUUGAAUAGAAUUGAAUAGAAAGGAUCUUGAAAUUACUGUUUUCCCCAUUCACCCAUAUCUAAAAAUCUUGUCAAUAGCUGUGACCUAAAAAAGGCUUUUCUAAAUGGAAUCCUUCUCCCACUUAAACAUAGUGUAGGAUAUUUGUCUAUUUUUGGUGGCACAGUGUCACCUAUGGUAGAGAAUAUGGGGUCUGAGUAAUUUGAGAAUUCCUUUCCUUAUGGAAUUGGUUUCAGAUUUUAAAAAGAGGAGGUGAACAGCCCUACCCACCUAGUUACCACGAGCCAGCAGAUAUCGGUGCUAUGCCAACUGAAGUGAAUUCUUGAAAUGUCAGACAUCAGUUUUCUGAACAUUCUUUCUGUUCCUUCAAACUUUAACCAAUAAUGCUUUUCCUUGCUUUUCCUAAUAUUCUUUCUACAAUUUUUCCAAAGACUUUAUUUUUUUUUAACUAAUGUCCUUCUUCCUCUCUAAAUAAAGGCUCUAGGUCUGGUCCUCAUCCCACCAAUGCUAAGGUCAUGUCAGAUAUCUCCAAUGCUUUUCCCCCUCAGUUAUGCCCACAUGUAGCAAAAAAUCCUCAUCAGCUUUGGACUCUGCCAUUCUCUGGUAGGUCAGAUCAUUUGUCAUUAGGUCUGAAGUUUGUUUAUUGAACUUAAAUGAGCUUGAAAUCAAACUUUCCACUGGAUGUAUCCUAGAAGAAAAAGGGUUCUGACUUCAAUUUUUUUCCCCUUUGUUUUAGGGCUAUGAUGCAUAUGGAAUUAUUCAGUUUCCUGUAUACAGUUUUUCUUUUCUAAUUUCAUCUCUAACAUAUUUUGGGAGCCUACAAUUAUUUUAAAGAGACUUUUAAAUGAUCUUUGUAAAUUUUCAAUAAUCUCCACAUCCAUUAUAGACUAAUAAUUUUACUCAGAUAAAAGUCAGAAACUUGUUACAUAUACCUUUAAUUAUAUAUUCUGGAGAGAUAUUUGCAAGAUAUUUUUUAUGCAGUCCUCAUCCAGAAUUUCCCUUACUGAAUAUUUAAGUAUAACUCUUAAGGAUGCCAAAUUAACCAGAACUUAAAAUAUAGAAAAUACAACCAUAUUUUUCUAUUGCCUUGUAAGAUACUGUUUCCAGUUGUUCAGUGCUCCAUUGGCAGGACUGAGAGGAUAGAGGUGUUAUAAAAAAGAUACUUUGAAGUUUAAUGAAGGGCAGAAGAGCAUCACCAGUUAUUAUAAGCUAGAAUGGGGAGAAUAUUUUUAUCCUCUUUUUUUAUCCAUAUUAGCAAUAUGUCCAGAAAUUACUUAAUAAAAUUGUGGAGGGUAUUUUGAGGGUGGUGGAAGGUAUGAGGAAAAAAAGUUAUUAGUACAUUAUGAUUGAGCUCUGGCUGCUGUCUUUAAAUUGUUGCUGCUGCUGCCCCCAAAUACUUAUAACAACCACCAUUAAUUGCCCUCCAAUGGAGAGGGCAAUUGGAAAAAAUAUAUGUUGUGCUAUCACUGCCUCAGUUAUUGAAGGGUAAAAUGAGGAGAUGAGUGAAGAUAGCUAUUCCCAUUUUGCCAUCCUGCUAACAGACCUAUUCCAUAAACUGCUGGGCAUUUCUGAAACAUAAAGUUUCAGUGUCUUCUCCAUCUCUUCAUCUUAAUGUUGUGUUUUAUUUCCUUCAGACUUAUUAAUUAGCAGAACCUUUGGGCAAAAGUAAAAUAUUUGACUUGUAGAUCUUGAAUUAGGAUUGACCAGUAAAGUGUGACAGCUCCAAAGGAAUAGCCAGAGGGAAGAAUGUAGAGAGUCCCCUUUCUGCUCACUGCACUCAUCAAAUUGACAGUAAGCAAGCUUGAUGAGUGUGGUUAAGACCAGAUUGUGUUACCCAGAUAAUUUAGGAAGAGAGUAGUGAUAACCUAGAUUUAUCUGCAUAAUUAAUUAUGGAGAUGUGCCCUAAAAGCAAGGCUUUACAAAGGAGGAAUAAAAGAGAGAGUAUAAAUUAAGAACCAGCUGCCUUCACUCGGCCCUCUCAUAUUUGACCGGGUACCUUACAUAAAACUAGAAAAAUCCUUAGGAAUUGAGUUCUUAGCAUGGGAUUCUUUUGGAUCCCCUUUAUUCUCAAUAAUUAUUUCCUCCUUUCUACUUUUUGUAACUGUCAGCUCAGCUUUGGGGCUUAUUAUACCACUGGGGGAAUUUCAGGAACUAGUCCCAAGAUGAAUAUGAUUGUGUCCCAGUGGAGUCCCAUUUAAAUUCCAGCAGAAGGGGCUUUAUUAUAGUUGCUCAUAGAUGUGAUAUUAAAAAGAGUUGUGCUAUUUUCAUUUCUGAGUCCUCCUUGUAUGUACAUGUUGUAUAGUCAUAUUUUAAAACAAAACAAUAAGCCGCAGUGUCUUCUUGGCUGCAUCAGUGGAGAAGUUACCAGGUUUGAUAAGCUCAUGUGAGUCUUGAAAUUCUGUAAAAUUCUUGUAUCUGUUCAUUUUUGAUAGGAGUAUCUUCUAAAGUCUUUUGCCUUGGAUUUGUUUUUUUGUUUGUUUGUUUGUUUUUGUUUUGUUUGGUUAGGGAAGCAUUAAUCUAAGGAAAGAAGCAAAUGACUGUUAGGGUGUCUUGCCUUAGGGUAGAUAGAAGAAUCUACCCUUUAGGUCAGUUCCUGGCCUGGAAACACCCGGUAUCAUCAAAUUGUAGAUAAUUUUCCUACUUCAUGAUUAUUCCCUUCCUUUUCCACUUCUUGCUUUGUCCUUUUAUACUAAAGCUGUUAAUGAGUAGUUAGUUAAUUUCAUUCCCUCUCCCUCUUACUUUUUUGGUUUGAUUCUUCAGUCUGUAUGAAGUUUAUGUUGGAGGUUGGAAGGGAUUGCUAAUCAAGUGACAUUUCCCUUCUUCAGGAUAUUAUAUAAAAAAAUACAACCAACUCAUAAAUAAGUUCCAACUAUGUCACAGUUAGUAAAAUGAAACAGUUGCCAGUGAUACCCAACUGCUUAGUUAGGGCUAGGGCAAUUGUUGCUAAGGUGGCAGGGAGCUUGCCCUUUGGAAUCUGGAAGAAUGUUGGUUGACCAAUCUUCACAGUGGUCCAGAGGAAACCACCUUCUGAUGAAAGAUUUUUUAAAGCCAUGUCCAUGCUUUCUUCUAAGGACCUAGGAAGUCCUAAAGAGAUAUGGUUUUCCCAGAAGAAAACUGUCCCAGACUUUUCUCCUACAGCAGCUCCUCUUGCCUACCAACACUGUUCUCUCAAAUCCACACAACUGCUGCUCAUGUACAUGUAGAUGUGACUUUACAAACACAUGUAUUUCUUAUCUUGGCCCUGAUUUCUUGGCCCCUGAAAUAAUGCUUGUUACUCUUACUUUUUAAGGCACUGGAAGAUGAGAAAAUAAAGUCUUAAGUCCUGUUUCAAGAGCUGACUGGCAUAAAUUGACCACUUAUACUUUUUUAAAAUGAAGAUUUGGAUUUUCUUCCUUAGUGCUAAAUAACACUGUAAUGAGCAAAACUUUGCUGCUAUUUUCCUGGGUUUGUGUUCUUCCUUUCUCCCAAACCCCUCCCCCUCACAUCCAUGUCCAACCCCUCCUUUAAAAAUAAGUUAUUUUAAGCAUCACUGGCUGUUAUUUUCUUCUUGACCAGGGACUUGGUGAGGAGAGGUAAGCCUGAAGUCUCUCCUGACAUUUUUUUCCCCAAUAAACCUGAAUCCUUUACAAGCCAACUGGCAUGUUUACAGACCUACCUAAAGCAGCUCCUUGAAGUCCCCUACCUUAAGGAGAACAUGUUCAAACUAACUUCUCCUUUAAGGAACUCCAAAAAGGACAGCAACUGAGAAAGGAGAUCAGUGAUGUCAGCCUGUUACCAUACCACAUUUAACUUCCCCAAAAUGGCUAUGACUUUAUUUUCUCUCUUUCUGGAGGUUGUUCUCAAACAGCCUGGCAACUCUGCAACUUUGCCCAUUUUACAGCAUCCCCAAAAGCCAAAGACUGAGAGGCCUUUCUUCUUAUGCAGGGCCCAGAGGCUUAUGAAUUUCUGCUGAGGUAGAGCUUCUGGGGGCCAGAGAUGGACAAAUGAUGCUGUUGGAGGAUAGUUUGUCUUCACCAAACCAAGAUCUGUUUCGGUAUCUUCUACUACUACCACCCCACACCCUCACUCUCCUAUUGGAGAGAAAUGGAGCAGGUCCUUAUGGCAUAUUCAGAUUCCAAACAUUCCUAUCACCUGAAAUUCCAGAUUCUUUUAUCCAAAGUAUUUUUUCAUGUGCUGAGAGUUGCUGCCUAAUUAAUUAUAUUACUCCUCCAGGUAUAUUCAUAAAGCUUUCUUAACCAGUUCUUGAGGCUGCCAUGGUUCCCAAAAUGAUAACUUUUACUGAAAACAAGAGUCCUUUCGCUGUGCACAUGGCUGUUUCUUUCCUCCCAAUUAUUUUGAGUUUGAGGGUUGGGGGGAGGGUUAUUUUAAAAAAGAAAAAAGGAAAAAAAAAGAAAAUCCAGGG